CUGAGCCCAGAAGGCGGGAUUAGGGUGUGCACCAGCCUAUCAGAUGGCAGGGUGGAGAGGCUGAGCAGGUACUCACCCCACCCUUUCUCCUUUAAAAUCUCUCCCUCCAAUGCAGGGAUGUUUAUUCCAAGGCCAGCAAAACCCCCUGGAAGACAGGAGAAAAAAAAAUUCCACCAAAAAUGGCUGAACAGAAGUGUGUCAAGCUUUCCACCAAGGAGAUUAUCAGCACUGUCCACAUUCUGGGCACUGAACUUUGCCUGGACAUCUAUGGAGAAGCUCCAAAGGCUGCGACCUGCUUUGCGGUCGAGGUGAGCCAGGGCCUGAAGGUCUACGCUGAACACCUGCCAAAACCGAAGGUCAUCUGCCAGGGCUCAAAAUGGCCGCUGGACAAGCAGGUCAAGAUCACUGCCACCAUGGAUGCUCGAAGCGCCGAAGUCAAUGACAAAAAGAUCAGCGUUUCGUACUAUGAAGCGAACGGCAAGGCCCCAAUUGCCAAAGCAAUUCUGCAUAUUACCUGCAUAGAAAUGUUCUUGGAUGCGGAUAUAAACCGUUCGGGAACGGUGACCAGAAGAGGGAAUCAAAAGGAUCAGUGGACGUGGGGGCCGGGUGGAAAAGGCGCCAUUCUCUUGGUGAAUUGUGACCGAGACAACACUACAGCUGAAAAGGAAGACAACAAGGACAACGUCUUGACAUCCAAGGAAGACCUUGAGGACAUGUCCCGUAUGAUCCUGACCGCUCGGGGGCCUAAUGGAAUUUUCGAAAAAUACCAGCUGACUCUUCACAUCUCGGAAGCGGAUUGUGACAAAGUGGGGGUCUUCUACCCUCAAGUCAAGAAGGCGCAGAGACCUUACGAACAUGUUCUAGGACCCAGAAAGACAUCCUACCAUGUGAAAUGGGACCUUCGUCAAGUGGAGGGCAUUUUCUACGUGGAAGGGCUGAAAUUCCCAGACAUUGACUUCCCAGGGCUUGUCACGUUCCACAUUUCACUCCUGGAGACCGGGAAGAGGGUCCUAGAACCUUCCAUUUUCACUGAUACUGUGGUUUUCCGGGUUGCUCCAUGGAUUAUGACCCCAAACACCUUGCAGCCAGUUUCUGUUUAUGUCUGCAGUGUCGAUGAAAAUGCGGAUUUUGUGGAACAUAUAAGGAAGUUUGCCUCAGAAGCUGGAUGCAAAUUUAUUGUCUGUACGAAAGAGGAUAAUGGCAAUGACGUAUGGAUCCAGGAUGAGAUGGAGUUUGGGUACACCCAAGCUCCCCAUAAAACAUUUCCAGUUGUCUUUGACUCGCCAAGGAACAGAGAGCUGAAUAUCUUCCCCUUUAAGAAGGUUUUGGGUCCAGAUUUUGGCUAUGUAAAACGGGAGCUAUCCUCCGAGGCGUCUUCUUCCAGCCUGGAUGGAUUUGGGAAUCUUGAAGUCAGCCCUCCGGUGAACGUCAAAGGCAAGGCAUAUCCUCUUGGGCGCAUCCUAAUCGGGAGCCUUUCGCCUAGGCACAUUCAUAAGUCUAUGUCCAAACUGGUCCUGGACUUCCUUCACAGUCAAGUUGUACAAUCUCCCAUUGAACUCUACACGGACUGGCUCGCCGUGGGACACGUAGAUGAAUUCCUGAGCUUCGUGCCUGCCCUAGACCGGAAGGGAUUUCGCCUGCUGCUGGCCAGCCCCAGAGCCUGCUUCAAACUGCUGGAAGAGAAGAAGAAUGAAGGCCAUGGAGAAGUCAAAAUGCCUCAAGGAAUUGAUUUCCAGAAAGGCGAUCGGCAGGCCCGUUCCAUAUCAGAUAUCGUCGGUGACAAAUACUUAAAGCAGUGGAAUAAUUAUUGCCAAGAGUGCAUUGAUUGGAACAGGAAAAUCCUCCAGGAGGAACUGGAGCUGACAAAGGAAGACAUUAUUGAGAUCCCUCAGCUUUUUCACCCCUACCUUGAUUAUCGUCAGCUUCUGCCUUCUCCUGCUUUUCCUGAGUAUCCUCAAUCUCCGCCUUCUUAUCCUUUUGAGUAUCCUCGUCCUCCUAUUUCUAAAAGCAUCAAGGUUUCCGCUUUGGCUUAUUUCCCAGACAUGGUGAAUAUGAUUGUCCUGGAGAAACACCUGGGCAUCCCAAAGCCAUUUGGGCCUAUCAUCAGCGGCCAAUGCUGCUUGGAGAAAGAGGUCCGGCGUCUUCUGGAGCCGUUAGGAUUGUCUUGCAAUUUCAUCGAUGACUUCUCUUACUACAUCAGCUUUGGCGAUAUUCAUUGUGCCACAAAUGUCCGUCGGAAGCCCUUCUCCUUCAAGUGGUGGGACAUGAAGCCUUGAGGGCCUCACCACGGCUUCUGUUUCCCACUCAACGAAGACGACGGCACAGGCCUAGCGUGUCUUCUCCCGCAAUUCCACAGGCAAUCCAGCAACUUUCCAAGAAAUCCUACUGAUCCUCCUUUUAGAUGAAGGUGCUUGCAAGCUUCUCUUGCGGUUGACUUUCUCCACUUAUCUAAGCAGGCUCUUCUCAGCUCUGAAUGUCUGCCAAAAUCACCCCAAAGAACAAGAGGGCAGCCAAGUCGAGGCAAGCUGCUCUAAUCCUUCUCUUUACUCAUGCACAGUAAUUCUAAAACUAGUUAUAGAGGUCCAAUAAGUCAUUUCAUAACCCUAGUAGGUCCAUGGUCCUUCAAAGAAUGCUAUUACAGAAUCAGAAGAAAGAUGGAAAGGAUCUCGGAGGUCUUUUAGUCCAGCCCCUGGCUCAAGCAAGAGAUUCUAUACCAGUGGUGGCGAACCUAUGGCACGCGUGCCAGAGGCAGCACUCAGAGCCCUCUCUGUUGGCACACGCACCACCGCCGCCAGCAGCGGGUCCAUCAGGCCACCACCGCCACCCAGAGCAGGAGCCCCGUCCACCACAAAGGAGGCGAAGCGGCCGACUAGCAAGCUUGAGCAGAGGUGAUAGAGCAGAGGUCACCAA